AUGUCGGCCCUCCAGUUCACACCAUCCAAGCAGGCGGCAAUGGCAAUGGACGUGCUCAAGAUGAACGACUCACCUGCAAAGAAGCUCAACUUCGCGUCGGCGGAUAAGGAAAACGUUUUCAAGCCCAUUGUCGGCAUUCCAGACCUGCCAGAGGAGGACGCGUCGGAGAAGAAGCUCAGUGUUGCAUCCACAAUCAAGCCUGAGGAGGCAAACGAGCCCCUCCUCCAAGAGAACGCCCAACGUUUUGUGCUUUUCCCCAUCAAGUACCAUGAUGUUUGGCAAAUGUACAAGAAGGCGGAAGCCUCGUUCUGGACCGCUGAAGAGAUUGAUCUCUCCAAGGAUCUUCACGACUGGAACAAGCGAUUGAAUGAUGACGAGCGUUUCUUCAUCUCCCACGUUCUCGCCUUUUUCGCAGCCUCUGAUGGCAUCGUCAACGAGAACUUGGUCGAGCGAUUCUCCGGCGAAGUACAAAUACCUGAGGCACGAUGCUUCUACGGCUUCCAGAUCAUGAUGGAGAAUGUUCACUCAGAGACAUACUCUCUGCUCAUCGACACAUACAUCAGCGAGCCCAGGCAGCGCACAUACCUUUUCAACGCCAUCGACAACAUUCCAUGCAUCCGCAAGAAGGCUGACUGGGCCCUCAAAUGGAUCUCUGACAAGAACUCCACUUUUGCCAACCGUCUCGUUGCCUUCGCCGCCGUCGAGGGUAUCUUCUUCAGCGGUUCCUUCGCUUCCAUCUUCUGGCUCAAGAAGCGUGGCCUCAUGCCAGGUCUUACUUUCUCCAACGAGCUCAUCUCCCGUGACGAGGGUAUGCACACUGAUUUCGCCUGCCUGCUCUUUUCUCUCUUGAACAACCGCCCCAGCAAAGAGUCUGUCGCUGCCAUCAUCACCGAGGCUGUUGAGAUCGAGCAAGAGUUCUUGUCUGAUGCUCUGCCCUGCGCUCUGCUCGGCAUGAACUCCGCCCUCAUGUGCCAAUACAUCGAGUUCGUUGCCGACCGCCUGUUGUUGGCACUUGGCAACCCCAAGGUCUACAACGCAACCAACCCCUUCGACUUCAUGGAGAACAUCUCGCUUGCUGGCAAGACAAACUUCUUCGAGAAGCGCGUCGGUGACUACCAAAAGGCAGGUGUCAUGGCUAGCACAAAGAAGCACGAAGUGAACGAGGAUGGGUCAUCAGUCACCGUUGCAGAGGCGAAGGGUCAAUCAGGUGACUUCGCUUUCGACGAGGACUUCUAG